CCAACAUCUAACCUACCUAGUUAUGCACUGCCGAGUUCAAAACUUCAGCUCAGCAUUUCAAGGCUUUAGUUCCAACAAUUAGUUUGGGGGUCAAAAGCUAGAAUACUUGUAUACCUAUAUAUACACAUGCUUUAGGUAGGUAGAUAGGUAGGCUGAUAAUACCAUUUCCUUCUCACUUCAACUGCUCUCUACAUUUCUGUCAUAAAGCACAACUAGUAUCGGUAUAUGAAUUUCGUUUUUCUGCUUGUUAUUGUUUUGUCGCUAUGUCAUACGCAGAAUUUCCCCCUGCAUACGAGACUGUGGCUAGCAAUCGCGGACUACACAUGCCAAAUACAGCUACCGUCUACGAGUCCCCAGCCGAAAGCUCUAGUCAAGCACCAGCUAUCACCGAGAGUCAGGUUCUAAAGUUAACGGCAUCAUAUUUCCCUCCUAUACCCCCUCAUGUACGAUUGCCAUUAUUGCCCAAGCCGGUGUUAAUCCCCCGUAUCAAUCCGGGUUCUCUAGCCCCAUUCGUGCGUGCCUGGGCACCAGAAUUGGCCCACCAUGCGAUUACACGGGAAGACUUGGUGGCCUUCAUUGACAACCUCAACCUUGUCCUCACUCCCCACCCGGCCAUCCAUGUAGUUGAAUUAGCCUCUCUCGGGGUCCAUUUUGCUCCCACUGCGGCAGCUAGUGGCAUCUCUGCCGCCAUGCAUGGAAUGGCGAUCCUUGCUACUCACGCCAUAGGCCAUCAGCGCACCCAGACAUUUCUCUCCACUACAAAUGACAACUACUUCCACCCCCGCCAAUUGCAUGCGGAGAUCAUUGAUUCAAAGCGAAUGAAGGAAAUGUUCCACCUCGACGAGGAUGAUCCCCUGACAACUCCCCUCAGCGAGGAUUCCCUCGACUCGACUAUGCAAGAAAGAUGUCUCAAGUAUCUUUCUAGAUGGGCCUGUGAACUGUCGUUCGACGGCAUUCCUCCUCCGAGUCCCCAAACAAGUGUGCUUGAAAGAGUGGCUGCGUGGAGUGUCGAGCACAAGAUAGCCAAAGCGGAGAAGAAGGCUAAGAAAAAGAGAGAGAAAGCUUGGAAGAAGCACCUGAAGGGCAAGAAGUCAAAAGAAGGCAAGGCAGAAAAGCGUAGGGCCAAGUCCUUAGAUUGGAUUUUGAUCCGGAACCUCAGCGGGUAGUUCAGCUCAAUGAACUGGAUAUGUGGCAGCACUUACUUUUGAGUUCUAUCUAUAACGACUUGAAGAUUAAACUAGAUAUCCAAGUAGAUAUCUAACAUAUCUAUGUGCAUUAUCCCGUGUUCCAAGCACGGGUCUCCCGUCUUGGCAGAGACAAAUCUGGGUUGGUUAACGGCAGUGUUCGGUAGCUUGUCCCGAAAAUGAACUACGUAUGUAACUAAUAAUGCUGGGUAGUUACUAUCAUUAGACCUACUACUUUACCAUGGCCUAGAGAAAAGUGGAACAACUAACUACAUGUAACCAAC